AUGCAGACUGCCGGGGCCCGCGCAGCCCUUGCGUCGGUCUUCGGGGCCGCGACAACUGCAAAAGGCGCCUAUGAGAAGCUCUCUGAGAUCGAGGGCCUCGCGAGGAGCAACUCGCUGCAGACCUUGCCAGGCAGGCUGGUGGAGACAAUCGUUGCUGGUCUGGACGGCCUAUGCGACGCCGCCCUGGAUGCAUUUCCAGAUGCUGACGUCGAUGCGUCCCUCGGCAAGGGCGGCGAGCCCGUGGCCCAGAAGGUGAUGCGCGCGCUCGUGACCGCUCGCUCCAUCGACACCCAGCUGAGCGCCCUGGAUGCUGCGACCGCUGGCAUGGAGCAGGCACCAGAGAAAGUGGAGCCCGAGCUCGCGAACACACUGCAGUUCAUGACGGGGCAACUGACCGAGCACCACAGCGACCUCAGCAAGUAG